AGAAUGCAGUGGACAUGAACAUGAACCUCGAGCAAACGUUUACAGAAAAUACUGUAUAUGCUUGCGUCUGUUCAGCUCAGUUCUACCUCACACUUCACCCUGAGACAUUUGUGGAUGUGGUGUAAUUGCAUCUGAACCGCUGCCAGUUAUGUAACGCGAAUGGGGCAAAAAGCACAGAUCAGCGCAUAUCCCCUUUUCUUUAGAAACCUAUUUGAGCAACGGCGCGAUUUAUUUUUUUAAGGAUUAUCUUACAGGCUCUGUAAGUCUAGAAAGCGUAAAUUUAGCAGAUAAAGAAUGUUGAUUCUUAAACGCAGUUGGUAAACUCUGCGCAGGAUUCCGCAGAUCUCCUCUAACCCAAGCCCAGUGUGCGCAGGAGCUGUGCAUCUGCGCUGAGUGAACGCACCUAUCUGCCGUGUUUCUGUCUACACAGUGACAGGAGGCUUUUGGUUCUCCACCCACUGCUUCUUCCUGAUCCACAAACUCCACACAAGUACUGUUUAAAGACUUGCCAGCUCUACUGGCCAUAACAGAAGAUGAGUUAUCCUGGUUAUCCUCCUCAGGCCGGUGGUUAUCCUCCUCAGGCUGGUGGCUACCCUCCACAGGCUGGUGGAUAUCCUCCCCAGCCAGGAAUGUAUCCUCCUCAAGCAGGCGGGUAUCCUCCUCAAGCAGGCGGGUAUCCUCCUCAAGCAGGGGGUUAUCCUCCUCAAGCAGGGGCAUACCCGCCCCAGCCCGGUGCUUACCCAGGCCAGCCAGGAGCCUUUCCUCAAAUACCUUCAGGUGGAUGGGGAACUCCUGGUGCUCCUGGAAUGCCUGGAUUUAAUCCAAGCAACCUGCCUGCAAUGGCAAACGAGAUCUCUGCUGCCUUGGGAGGAUUUAAUCCAAAUCCAUCCAUGUUCCCUCAAGUACCUACUGGGGGUCCUGCACCCUACCCUAACCAACAGCCCUUUGGCCUGUCCCCUCAGCCAGGAGGAGCCAUGCCUCAGGCACCGGGGAUGGGCUAUCCAGGAGGGCCAGCUCCGGGCCAGCCCAUGCCAGGCUACCCGCAAGCCCCGUCACCUAAUCCAACCAUGCCAGGCUACCCACAAGCCCCGUCACCUAAUCCAUCCAUGCCAGGUUACCCACAAGCCCCAUCAGCCAAUCCAUCCAUGCCUGGCUACCCACAAGGUCCAUCACCGACUCCGUCCGUACCUAGCUACCCAAAUGUGCCUGCUACCAAUCCAUCCAUGCCCACAUAUGGAGGAGGAGCUCCCAUGGUGCCUGCAAUUAAUCGUGGAUUCAGAGGAACCAUCUCAGAUUUUCCUGGAGCAGACCCAUUAAAAGAUGUAGAAGUGCUUAGGAAGGCCAUGAAGGGCUUUGGUACUGAUGAGCAGGCUAUAAUUAAUCUUCUUGGAAGUCGUUCUAACAGGCAGCGUGUGCCUCUACUGGUUGCAUAUAAGACUUCCUAUGGAAAGGACUUGGUUAAGGAUUUGAAGUCUGAGCUUUCUGGGAACUUUGAGAAAUUGGUUUUGGCCAUGUUGAAGACUCCUGCUCAGUUUGAUGCAGCUGAGCUAAAAGAGGCCAUCAAGGGAGCAGGGACUGAUGAGGCCUGUCUGAUCGAGAUUCUGUCCUCUCGCACCAAUGCAGAGAUCAGAGAAAUCAAUCAUAUCUACAAAGCUGAAAACAAGAAAUCACUGGAGGAUGCGAUUAGUGGAGAUACAUCAGGACACUUUCGCAGGCUGCUCAUCUCUCUUGCUCAGGGCAGUCGUGAUGAGAGAGAGACUGUGGAUAUAUCAUUAGCCAAACAAGAUGCUCAGGCUCUCUAUCAGGCUGGGGAAAAUAAACUGGGCACUGAUGAGUCCAAGUUUAAUGCCAUCCUGUGUGCUCGAAGCAAACCUCACCUUAGAGCAGUGUUCCAGGAAUACCAGCAAAUGUGUGGCCGAGACAUUCAGAAGAGUAUUGAGAGGGAGAUGUCUGGAGAUCUGGAGAGUGGCAUGCUGGCUGUUGUGAAGUGCAUUAAGGACACACCAGCCUACUUUGCUGAGAGACUCCACAAAGCCAUGAAGGGAAUGGGAACCAAAGACCGCACCCUGAUCCGCAUUAUGGUGUCUCGCUCAGAGAUGGAUAUGUUGGACAUCCGCCAGGCGUACGUGAGGAUGUAUGGCAAGUCUCUCUACACGGACAUUUCUGGAGACACUUCUGGGGAUUACAAGAAAUUGCUGUUGAAGCUUUGUGGUGGAAGUGAUUAAGAAGAUGUAGCUUCUGUCACAUUAAAGAAGUAAAAAUUUGUGCCAUACGGUGUUCAUACAAAAUAUAUUGUUAUACUCUAAAAAUGCUCUUAUCUACAAUUGCAUGUUGUUGCCAUAAUUAUAAUUUCACAUAUGGCAUAAUGUCGUACAACAUUUCUGUGCUGUAUUUUUAUAUAAAUCUUUAUUUUAUAGAAAGCAGCCUAUAUUUUUUUCUUUACUUGGGCCAUUAUGCUGAGUAUAUUAUACAAUAAGAAAUAGGGGAAAUAUUAUGAAUCUCAAAAAGUGCUGUUAUUGAGUCUUUUUGGUCUUUUUUCAGUAGACUGUUUAAGAAAACAUCUGAUCUAAUCAAAUGAGUCAAAUCAAGUUGAAUCUGAUUCAGUAUCAGUGUUUCACUCCAAAGCAGCUGUGAUACCAACACUCCAUAUCGGAUAGGUGCAUCCCUAUUAAAUGAUUUGUAGAGAUUUAUAUAUCAGCUAAAUACCAAAUAAUUUUUUAAAAUUCUGUUUUAGUUAUAUUCAGAAAUCAGGAAUUGUGGAAACACCAAUAAUGAGAAAGUGUCAGUAGAAACAGCCUCUGCUGUGGCCUGCUGUUGCACCAAUUCCUAGUUGCUUUAUGCUAUACUCUGGGAUCUAAGUGUCACAUGUCCAUAGUAAAAUGAAUGUAAAUGCAUGUUUUAUCAUGAAUAAAAAAGAUGGAAUGUGAUAUA